UACAGGAUCGUGUGAAGGUUUGGGAAUAAUGACGAUGUAGUAGCAAAUAAGGAUGAGGAAAGGUCCUGAUUUCACUUAGGAAUUCCACUAGGUACUCCAUCUGUCCCUAGGUUCUUGGAGUAGAGGAGGUAUGGUUUUUCUGAUUUUUUUUUUUUUUUUUUUUUUAAAGCAUGGAUAACAUUUCUGUGUAGAGCCGCAGCACUGGUCAGAAGUUUUCUCUUACCGCCCUUCCCAUGACACUACACUUACUUACCCAGUUUGCGCAGUUGUGUUUUUGUCAUUUUGUUUGGUUUCUAAGUGUGUUGAAAUAGAGUACCUCUCUAGUCUUUAAUUUCUGAGAGCCCUUUCUCAGUCACUUGCCAGCGUGCAGCUGCUAUCUAUGGUUGGCAGACGCUGCUUAUGCUCAGGGUCAGCUUGAUUCCCCAGUCGCGCGCCCCAUGCCGAACUGCGUGCUUACUACCACUUUGGUAAAAAUUAGUCCAGCAUGGAAUCGUAUUGUGUCCCGAGGCCCUGGCGGUGAGGAAAGGCUCUCUCAACGAAGAUCCAGCCAGGAGAAAGCCUCAGCAGUCAGGCGGCUCUGGGAUGGCUGUGGCCGCUGUGAAGCCGCCAGCGCUGAAAAGCAGCUUCCGCCUGCGUGCCCCCUUGCUGAGGCUGCUCCCAGAGGCGGCUCCAAUCCGUGGUCCUUCCACUCUCCUGCUUACUCCGAGGAGAAGCCGGGAAAUGACAGCGAGCAAGGGCGUGGGACGGCUGGAGCCUGCGGGGUGGAGCGGGAGUUUGGGCUGAGGCGACCCAGGGUGCUGAACAGUCGUGGAGGGUUCUCUCCUCAGCCUGCCUGCAUUAACUUGGGGAUGAUGGGGGUGUGGGCACUGUGGCUGCUCCUUCUACUCUGCAAAUCCAGCCUGGCGGUUCUGCCUGCUAAGCCUGAAAACAUUUCAUGUGUCUUUUACUAUGAGGAAAAUUUUACUUGCACCUGGAGUCCAGAGAAAGAAGUCAGUUAUACUUGGUACAAAGUAAAGAGAACUUACUCUUAUGGAUACAAAAGUGAUAUUUGCCCAACUGAUAAUUCUACAAGGGGAAAUCAUGCUUCUUGCUCCUUUUUUCCUCCAACAAUAACAAACCCAGAUAAUUACACCAUUCAAGUGGAAGCUCAAAAUGCAGAUGGUAUAAUUAAUUCUGAUAUAACACAUUGGAACUUAGAUACCAUAAUGAAAAUUGAACCACCUGAGAUUUUCAGUGUGCAAUCAGUUUUGGGCAUCAAACGAAUGCUUCAAAUAAAAUGGAUAAGGCCUGUGUUGGCUCCUCUUUCAUCUACUUUAAAAUAUACUCUUCGAUUCAGAACAGUAAAUAGUGCCCGCUGGAUGGAAGGCAACUUCACCAAAGAAGAUAUCGAUAGAGAUGAGACCUACAACCUCACAGGGCUGCAGGCUUUUACGGAGUAUGUUGUAGCUCUGCGAUGUGCCCCAGCGGAGUCCAUGUUCUGGAGUGCUUGGAGCCAAGAGAAAGUGGGAACAACUGAGGAAGAAGCUCCCUAUGGCCUGGAUCUGUGGAGAGUCCUGAGACCAGCCAAGGUCAAUGGAAGAAGGCCAGUGCAGUUGAUGUGGAAGAAGGCAAGUGGAGCCCCGGUCCUGGAGAAGGCCCUUGGCUACAAGAUAUGGUACUUUCCAGAAAGCAACACUAAUCUCACAGAAACAGUGAACACCACUAACCAGACACAUGAACUGCAUCUGGGAGGCAAGACCCAUUGGGUGUAUGUGAUUUCUUAUAAUUCUCUUGGGGAAUCUCCGGUGGCCACGCUGAGGAUUCCGGCUGUUGAUGAAAAGUCAUUUCAGUGCAUUGAGGCCAUGCAGGCCUGUCUCACUCAGGACCAGCUGAUGGUGGAGUGGCAAAGCUCUGCUCCAGAUGUGGACACAUGGAUGGUGGAAUGGUUCCCAGAUUUGGACUCAGAGCCCUCCACUUUUUCCUGGGAAUCUGUGUCCCAGGCCAGGAACUGGACAAUCCAGAAAGAUGAAUUAAAACCCUUCCAGUGCUAUAACAUCUCUGUGUAUCCAGUGUUGGGAGACCGAGUGGGCCAGCCAUAUUCCAUUCAGGCUUAUGCUCAAGAAGGCAUUCCGUCAGUGGGUCCUUUGACUGAGGCAGACAACAUUGGUGUGAAGACAGUCACAGUCAUGUGGAAAGAGAUUCCCAAGAGUCAGAGAAAUGGCUUCAUCAGCAACUACACCAUAUAUUACCAAACUGAAGAUGGAAAGGAGUUCUCCAAGACAGUCAACCCCAAUAUCCUGCAGUAUGGCCUGGAGUCCCUGACACGAAAGACCUCUUACACUCUUCAGGUCAUGGCCAGCACAAGCGCUGGGGGAACCAAUGGCACCAAGAUAAACUUCAAGACAUUAUCAAUUAGUGUCCCUGAGAUUUUCUUUAUAACUUCUUUGGUUGGAAGCGGCCUUCUCAUUCUCAUCAUGCUGACAGUGGCAUAUGGUCUCAAAAAACCCAACAAAUUGAAGCACUUAUGUUGGCCUGAUGUCCCCAACCCUGCUGAAAGCAGCAUAGCCACAUGGCAUGGAGAUGAUUUCAAGGAUAAGCUAAACCUGAAGGAGUUUGAUGAUCCUGUGAACACGGAAGGAGACAGGGUUCUAAAAUCAUACUCGGCCCCCAGUGAUUUUAUUGACAAGUUGGUGGUGAACUUUGAGAAUUUUUUGGAAGAGGUUUCCACAGAGGAAAUUGGAAAGGAUCAGGAAAGCAUUUUGAGAGAGGAAAAAAAUAAGUAUGUGACUUUUCCAUAUUGGCCUUAUCGUCCUCCCACAUCAACUGAGAUUCCACAGAGAAAACCCCAACAGCUGCAUUCUAGAAUACCAGAGGAGACCAGCUUAGAAACUAAAGAACAACUUCUCUCUUCUGUUCAGAGUUUAGAGCCAGAGAAUCUCUGCGGGGAAGGAGAACCAAAUCCAUACUUGAAAAAUUCGGUGACAACCAGAGAAUUUGUCACAUGCGAAAAACCUCAAGAUGAAGCCAAAAGAGAAGUUUAAUUGUUGCGUGGCUUGAAUCCCUCUGGGUCUCAGUGUGGGUGACUCCUGCAGAGAGCAUAUCUCAUGACUUGGCCAGAAGAGCUUUCCUGGGUGUCUCCCCCAACUUGCUUGUGUUAGAGAAACUCUCACACACCCCUGAGGGGCUUGUUGACCUUCAUUGGCCCAGACGUGUAACUUGCCUGAGAAGGAGGGAUGGUCAUAUGUCUGCAACCUGCCUAGGAAAAGCAAUUUAUGUAUUUAUUUUUUUUCAGUUUCACACUGGGGUCUGUGACAUUACUUCAAGGGACAGCAGGGCCCCCAAGGUGGAUAUAAUUGGCCUUCUGUAGGAAUUAGAUCAUUGUCACAGCUGUUGCUGGAGUUACUUUCUUAGGGUUCCAGUAGACUCUCCCCACUGCCAGCGGACUGGCGUCUGGUAGGAGGCGAGAGUCUCUCCCUAUACCUCUAUACCUUGGGUUCUGGGCUCCACCUCCAA